AUGCCGGUGUCACCUGUUAUUGAGACUGGUGCUGAGUCUCAAGACCGUGUAGCUGGGGACGACGCAUUGUCCCAGGCCAUGCUGCGAACCCUGUGGAGGGUUACUGGGGCUAAUGCUGGAUCUGGAGGCCGUGGGGAUGACACUCAACCUGACAGUCUGACGUGGGAUUUUUUUAAGACGGCCUUCCAGAAGAAGUAUGUGGUGGCCAGUUAUAUCGACACUAGGAGGCGUGAGUUCCUAAAUCUUACUCAGGGAGAUUGUUCGGUGGUCGAGUAUGAGGUCAACUUUCUGAGGCUGAGCCGUUAUGCACGAGGCAUGGUGGCGACUGAGUAUGAGCAUUGUGUUUGUUUUAAGGACAACCUUAGGGAUAACUUGAGGGUUCUGAUAGUUCCACCGAGGGAGUGUGAGUUUGCCGUGUUGGUCGAGAAGGCCAAGAUUGCAGAGGAGGUUAAGCGAGCUGAGCGCCAGAACCGUGACCGAGGGAAGGCUAAGAGGGAUGUAGAGUCUUCGAAUGCUGGGGUGAGGCCUAAGAAAAAGGCCAGGUCUGAUGGGCCCGCGAGAGUUGGGCCUACUGUUGCACCUGCUGGGGUGGCGAUUUGUCAGCUUUGUAAUAGACGCCAUCUGAGCGAGUGUUGGAGGUCUACUGGAGCUUGUUUGAGUCGCAGAGAGGGGUGCAACAGCCACCUAGGGGCCGAGGGUAGGCUAGGGGUGGUAACAGCAUGGGCCGAGGAUAGAGAGCACUGGGUAGAGGUGCUGGGCCGACUCAGGCGAGGCAGCCUGUACUUGUUUAUGCUGUACGUCGUUGUGAGGAUGGAGAUACUCUGGACGUCAUCACGGACUUUGGGAAUACCGUAUGAGGGCACUCCUAGUAAGAUUUUAGUAGUUAAUCUUUUGGGGCAGUCUGUUAGGGUUAGUAAACUGUUUAGAAACGUUUCGUUGGAAGUCCAGGGAACGAUAUUUCUGGCGGAUCUGAUGGAACUUUUGUUUGGGGAGUUCGACUUAAUUUUGGGUAUGGACUGGUUGGUGAAACAUAAUGUAAGUCUGGAUUGUGUUGAAAAGAGGGUUGUACUGAGGACCAAAGAGGAUAAUGAGAUAGUCGUGAUUGGAAAAGGAAUUACCAGAUUGCCUCCGAGCCGUGAGGUAGAAUUUGGGAUUGAGUUGAUUCCUGGUAUAGCUCCAGUGUCUAUUGCUCCUUAUCAAAUGGCACCGAAGGAGCUAGCAGAACUGAAGGCUCAGAUUCAGGAGUUGUUGGAUCGUAGUCUUCUGGCUGAGUUGCACGUUAGGCCAACGUGGCUGGGUCAGAUUAAGGAUAAGCAGUUAGGAGAUGAGUCUCUUCAGUUACGAUUUCAUCAGGUUGAGACUGGGACUACUACUGAUUUUGGGAUUAAUAGUGAUGGGGUUAUUGCUGAGCAUCAGUUAUCUUCGGGUUUGCUACAGCCAGUGAAACUACCGAUGUGGAAAUGA